AUGUUGAUAAAGGAAUAUCGUAUUCUGUUACCUCUUACUGUUAACGAAUAUCGUAUCGCUCAGCUUUAUAUGAUUCAGAAAAAAAGUCGGCAAGAAAGUUCGGGUGAAAGUGGUGUGGAAAUUAUCACAAAUAAACCAUAUAGCGAUGGUCCGGAUGAAGUUGGUCAGUAUACAUUUAAAAUUUAUCAUAUUGGCAAUAAAAUUCCGGUAUGGUUGCGCAGUGUAUUACCGACAGAUGCAUUGGAAGCACAUGAAGAGGCUUGGAAUGCUUAUCCUCAUACGAAAACACGUUAUUCAUCUCCAUUUUUGGAUCGUUUCAACAUUGAAGUGGAAACAAAGUAUUGUGAUGAUGCCGGUAAUCAAGAAAAUAUUUUCGAGCUUACCGGCGAUAAAUUGAAAAAUCGAAUUGUUGAUGUAAUGGAUUUUGUGAAUGAUGCGUUAUCAUCGUAUGAUUAUGUUCCUGAGGAAGAUCCGAAAUUAUACUGUAGUAUAAAGACUGGUCGUGGGCCGCUCAAAGAAGAUUGGAUUGAGGAUUGCAUUAAGAAUGGAAAACCUAUUAUGUGUGCUUACAAACUUUGCAAAGUUGAAUUUCGACUCUGGGGUUUGCAAACUCGCGCGGAACGUUGGAUCCACAGCUAUGCUUUACGUAAUACAAUGCUAAGGGCUCACAAACAAGCGUGGGCAUGGCAAGAUGAGUGGUACAAUCUUACGCUUGAGGAUGUACGAGAAUUAGAACGAGACGCAGCGGAACACUUAUCCAAGUUAAUGUCACAGUCAUGUAUCUCCGCUUCUUCGUCCAUUUAUUUCGAUUGUGUGGAAGGUGCUCCAACUGUGGAAGAUUCUCAGUCGCUGAAAAAGUGGAAUUCGGAGAUAUCGCUUACUGAUAAUCAUGAAAGAUUGUCAUCGCCUCGAAUUGAACAAAAUAUGAAAAUAGCAACUAAUACUAAAUCUGAUGCUUCUUUACUUGUAAUCAUCUUCUACGAUGAUAUUUUCUCAGAUGUUUCAACGGAUCAGAAUGUGACGAAUUCUUUUCGUUUAACGAUGGAAAAACAGAUCUCAACAGAUUACAAGCAUUUGAAAGGACGUGUCCACUUUUUGCAAGUAUCGUGUGGUCAAGAAUUUGCUGAAACAGUUUUGCAUUUGACCUCAAUUACGCCUACAUAUGGUCUCGCCCAUCCAUCACUGGCCUUACUUCUUUCUUCAUCGCAAUAUUAUUUUGAGGCUGUUCGGAAUACAUUACAACGGGCUAAUGAAGCAUACAAUCAAUUUAUGCAUUCCAAUGCUGGACGAAAUUUUACCGGAGAAAUAUUUGCUGUGGGUGAUUAUUUAGGUGGAAUUCUGUUGCAUGAAUGUUUGAAACGAACCGGGAAUCAUUGCCAUAUGCAGCAGUCGCAUCAGACUAUUUUUCGACAUUCCAGUAGCCUUUCCACGAGGUCUCAUAGCAUUGUAAAGGAGAAUAGACACGAGUCAAAAGAAAAUGCAUCGAUGGUAAGUGAAAAUAAAUUACAGCGGAAUUCAUCGGUACCGUUAAGUAUGAAGUUCAGGAAUUGUUCUCGAUCAGCACAUAAUUCAGAAACUCCUUCAAAUGAUGAAAUGUGGGAAUCUCUGGUUUUUCGUCCAAGUAUGACAUUCCUUCUUGGUUGUCCUUUGGCUCUUGUUUUGGUUCAUCGAAAAUUUCACGGUUAUGAAGAUGAACCAAUAGAUUGUAAUCAGUUGUUCAAUAUGUACUAUUCGAUAGAUGCAUGUGGUGCUCGGAUUGAGCCAGUAUUAAAUCCUCGGCUUGCAAUGCUAUCACCUGUGAAUGUGCCUCGUUACAAUGAUACUGCCGAUGUUGUUGAAAACACUAAUGGUACAUUUGAUACGUCAUUACUUUGGGGUAAUCAUCGUAUCGAUCAUGUACUACACUCUCCGCAUGCUAUGAUUGCUAUGCCUUCAUCAGCUCUGUCCAAUGUUCUCCACGCUUCGUACUGGGAAAGUGAUGAUGUAGCCGCUUUUAUCCUCAAACGAUUUUCGCAUUCAGAAAGCUUGCGUCCGAUAAAUUUGACUAAUGUUGCAAAAAUUCCAUCAGAAAUUAAGCUUGGUCCUGCAGUGUGGAACAAGAAGAGAAUUAAAUAUAAGAUUGCCAAUUUAGCGCCGAGUUUUAGUGGUAACGACGUAAUUUGCCUGGAAGGAACUGAGCAGAUUAUCCAUGCACGAUUUUGUUAUGGACCGAUGGAUUUAGUUGCUUUAAGCCUUGAAAAUAUUUCUGCUCAUAUACGACCCACUGGAGGUGAUUGGCAGCUGGUUAAAACAUAUAUUACUGAUUCUCAUGGCAAAAUUACAUUUGAGCUUGAGAAGCGAUUACCGGUUGGAAUACACUGUGUGAAAUUAAUUGUGCAUGGAGAUCACUCUUUCCUGGAUUUGUAUAUUGCUGUGGCACCACCUGGAGAACAACUUGUAGUGUUUAGUGUUGAUGGAUCGCUUACUGCUUCGGUAUCGGUUACAGGACGUGAUCCACGUGUUCGGCCGGGAGUUGUCGAUGUGGUACGAUACUGGUAUAAUUUGGGCUACACCAUUAUUUAUAUCACUGCUAGGCCUGAUAUGCAGCAUAAAGUUGUCGCUUUAUGGCUUGCGCUUCAUAACUUUCCCAAUGGCCUACUCAUUUUUACUCCAUCAUUUUCAACAGAUCCUCUCAGGCAGAAAGUGCUUCAUUUAAAAAGCUACUUGGAGAUGGGUUUAUUUAUUACUGCGGCUUACGGAAGCGGUAAAGAUGUAUCGGUUUAUAGCAGUGCGGGAGUAAACUCGAGCCGGAUAUUUUCCGUAACCGGAGGGAAACGAGGAUGUACAAAUAUCGAUUCCUAUGCAUCACAUUUAAAGGAUCUUAACGAAGGAUUAUACGAUUUUGCGAAACCAUUUGAUUCAUCGCUUAUCUUCCCUCCCGCAAAUUCAUUGAACAUUUUCAAUCGCAGAAGCUCGGUACAAACAAAUUCGUUCAGUCCUCGAAUUGGGCGGCGAUUAUCCGAAAAGAGCAGAUUACUGUAA